CCGCCGAGCAGCCCAGCCCACGAAGCGGGCCGAGGGCGUAGCCGGCAGUGGCUUCCCCCCCAGGCGCAGCAGCGGCCAACGAGUGGGUGGGAGCCGGGGGCGAGGCCAAGCCCAGGCGCCCACCAGCCAUGGCAGCGGAGGGCCAGGCGAUCAGAGGUCCCAGAGAGAGUUAUGGAGCUAUUGAUCAGAUGCCUUAUGCCCCUCCUGAAGGAUCUUUUGGUGCUGUUGUUCCUGAUCACACGCCCAGUGGAGAAGAACCAUCUGCUCCUCCUGCUUAUGCCAUAGAUGAUGUCUCUGGCUAUGAAGGCACAGCUCUGGGAGAUGAUGGAGGAAAAGAUUUACCUCCUCCCUCCAAUCUGGUGACUGAUCGUGGAGGUGGGCAGCACCCGCCAGCCCAAACACAUUGGAACAUUCCUUCUAUUUCAGAAGAUGAAGCCAAAGAAGCUCUGAUGCAGUACGCAGCCAGGAAUUGCUGCUACAGCUCUGCUCCUGCCAAGGAAAUGGUGUUUCGGAAUCUGCAGCCAUUCAACACCUACAGAUAUCGGCUUGAGACCUUCACUGAAUCCAGGUCAUCUGAAUGGAAGACAUCACCUUACAAGGGUGAAUUGGUUGACUCCUUUUUGCUUGGGCCAGCUCCUUUGCCUUGGAAUAUUCAAGUGGAAGUUCCUACCAUGUUCACAGACAACAUAACCAAAGUCAAAGUGCCUCACACGUCUUCAUUACAGGGCUGCCAUAAUUGUCGAAGUUCAGGUACGAUUUGCUGCACAAAUUGUCAUGGCAGAAGAAAGGUUCAGUGCUGGAUUUGUCAUGGCUCUGGGAACCGACUGAAUGACAGGUGCACUCACUGCAAUGGAUCUGGCCAAAGCGGAUGCAACAGUUGUUCUGGUUCCGGCCACAAAACCUGCAUGAAGUGUGCAGGAAGAGGACAGUUGCUGUACUACAUUGAGCUGCAAGUCAAAUGGAAGAAUAACAUUUUUGAAUAUGUGGCAGACCAAAGAUCUGGGUUUCCUGCUAACCUCUUCAAGAAAGUCACUGGACAGAAGAUUUUUGUUGAUGAACAGUCUAUGGUUUAUCCUGUGGUGAAUUUUCCUGAACCUUCCAUAAGUCAGGCUUCCCAAAACGCUGUUGUGCAACAUCACACUCAGUUUGCAUCCGUUUCUCGAUUACUGAGACAGAGGCAAACUAUUGAGCUGAUUCCUCUUACUAAAGUGGAAUACGAGUGGCAAGGGAAACUGUAUUCCUAUUAUGUGUAUGGAGAUGAAAAUAGAGUGUAUACAGAGAAUUACCCCAAAAAGUGUUGCUGCUCCAUUAUGUGACUGACUGAUUGCUUCUCCGAAUGCCAAGAACAAUGACUCGAAGAAGGAAUGGAUUCAUGUCGUACUAUUUUUGUUUUGGUCAAUAGAUGUUCUUGGAUGUGCAUGUAUGGGGCAGGCUACAACUGGAAGAAAAUGGGGGAGUGAAAGGUUUAUUAAGUUGAUUAUUCAGCUUCUUGAUUGCAACUCUUAUGUCUGUCUGUAUGUAUGGAGCCUGUAUGUAUUCAGUUCCAGGACAGGAGCCUUUAGCCAUUGGGGAAUUUCUGUGGCUCUCCCUCUCUCAGCCUUGCCACUAAUAGAAUGCAAACUCAACUUUGGAUUACAGUCUCAUUUAAUUUUAGCACUAUGCACAGGCCUGGCCCAACAUACUUUUACUUACUGGGUCUCCUUGCAUUGAGAUCUACUUUGUUAUAAGUAAGGAAGUACAAGGAAAACAAGGCCUAGAUCUGUGUCUCCUAUUAUUAGUCAUAGUAAAAAUUAUGGCUACUCUGUUUACAUUAGGGAAAUCCAUUGACUUCCAUAAAGUUGUACCAAUGUAAGUGAAACCAAGAAUUAGACGGAAGAAAAUAGUGGAUCAGAUAGAGUUGUGGGUAGUACAUGGCUACACUGUAUCACUGACAACAAAUUUUUUCCCUUUAUUUGUGGAUUCUUUUCUUCUUAUCCCAACUGACAGUUUGAUGAUAAAGUGGUACCAGCACAAGUUGAAAACAUUUUUCCGUGAACCUUCAGAAUUUGCAACUGCUCAGAAAACAGCAUGUGGAUGGGAGUGACGCAUCUGACAUUUUUAGAAUGUCUAGCUCCACUGUAAUGCCUGGCCUGCUGGUUCAGCUAUCAAUAAUCCUGUCUGCAGGCAGCGUUUUAAUUCUUCAAAUUGAAUCUCCAAAUGAAGAUAAACAGAAAAGGAAAUAGGACAAAUUGUGGAUUUUUAUUUGGAUUAAGUGUACAGGGCCUGACCCAAAGUAUUUUGAAGUCAAUGUGACUCUUUCCACAGCUUCAGUGGAUCGGGUGGAUCAUGCACAUUAUUAAUCACUAUAUUAUUAAUUAAAAAAUCCAAUUUAAAUCCUUAAUCAGGAUCUCUUUAGCAGAUAAAAGGGGCCUUUCUCAAAAGUGCCUGAGAGAUUUAGGAGUAGAGCUGGUUGGAGACAUUUCAUCACAGCUACAUUGCAUCCAAAUAUACAGUCCUGUCAAAAUAAACAUGCUUUGCUAAAUCAGUUUAAUUGUACUGGAAUUGUAAUUUUGAAAGAAAAUGGGGGGAAAAUUACAUAUUUUGCUUUGAAACUGCUUUUUGUUUUGAAUUUUUGUGUAAUAAUAUAUUUUUUAAAGUCAAACUUAAAACAUUUUGAUUAACCAGAUAUGGAAAUUCUUCAGAUUCUUCCUUUUGCAGAGAAUUUAAAAAUAUUUGGCUUGUGUCCUAAUUUGAAAUUAAGUCAAAUGUUGAAAUUCUUUUUGAAAUGGAGCAUCAUGUCUUUCCUAGCUCUUCUUAACCUAAAUCCCCAAACAGACUUAAAUGCUUAGAACCUAACUCCCAUUGAAAGUCAGUGGUUCUCAGAGUCAUUAAUGUGUUUUCAAAAUGUGUCUCAGAAGCUUUUGUACUACAUUAUGUUCCCAGACUAUAUAUCAUGUCUUUUUUUGAACUGGAAAGACAUUUCAUCAAGUCAGAUUUACUUUUCCCAUAAAUGUUGCAUGGUACUGCAAUAUAUGGAAACUGAUUACUUAGAAGACCAAAGAGUAAUGCAAGUUGCCAGUUUUCAAGAGAUGCCUACAAGACAGGAAAAUGUUUAUUCAUUGUAAUAACACAUUUAUGAACAAAUGUUAGUAUAAGGCUUCUUUCCAAUAGUAACUUUUUUCAAUGUUCUGCUAGUUUUUUGUAUUGUACCAUUUAUUAGUUCAGGAGUGCCAUCUAGUGUGUGAUUGUGUGAAUGCAAACAGCAAGAUUUUUUUAAGGGUGUGUCUACACUGCACCUGUAGCUUGAAAUAAGCUACACAAUUUGAGCUAUGCAAAUUGUGUAGCUUAUUUUGAGUCAGUUUCAAAAUAAGGUGCUAUUCUAAAACAUCCCU